AUGACACUCACAAAUCCCAUUCGGCGUGUUGCUGUUAUUGGAGCAGGGCCAUCUGGUCUUGCUGCUGUAAAAUACCUUCGAGAGGAAAAGUACUUUGAACAAAUUGAUGUGUUUGAGCAGAGGAGCUCCCUUGGUGGAGCCUGGAAUUAUACCCCAAGCUCUUCCAAAUCCAGCGUUCCAACCACUGUGCCCCAUCUGAAUCCUCAUGAACCUGUUGAGAAGCCAAUAUGGAUCAAUCAAUCCGAGGGGGCGCGCAAGCCAAUUUUUGUGUCCCCGGUAUAUGAAAAGUUGGAAACCAAUAUUCCAAAGGAGUUGAUGCAGUAUUCGGACCAUGCCUUUCCCGAGGAUUCUCAGCUCUUUCCUGAACACGAGACUGUGAAACAAUAUCUUGAAGCAUAUGCCGAGGAUACGAAGAGUCACAUUCAAUUCGAAACACAAGUCAACGGAGUGAAGCUCGAAAACGAAGAGCUGAGUACUUGGGCCCUCACCGCAACAAAGCUUCAAACAGGGACAGAAGCCACGUAUAUCUACGAUGCCGUGGUCGUGGCAAGCGGCCAUUUUAAUGUUCCAUACGUUCCAGAUAUCCCGGGAAUAGAAGUUUGGGAUAAGGCAUACGCGGGUGCCGUUUCUCACUCCAAGCUAUACGACUCACCUGAAGUAUUUCGAGAGAGGAAAGUCGUGGUCGUGGGAAGUUCUGCUUCGGGGCUCGAUAUUGCAGCUCAGAUUAAUGAAGUCAGCAAAGAAAAGGUUAUAGUGUCUCAGAAGUCUGAAUCGUAUCUUGCAGCUUCAGCCCCUUCGGAUAAAAUAAUUCGUCCUCAGAUUGUCGAAUUUAUGUCUCCUAAGAUACAUGACCGAGGCCUUCGAUUCGCAGAUGGCCACAUUGAAGACAAAAUAGAUGCUGUCGUCUUUUGCACGGGGUAUCUUUACUCUUUCCCAUUUCUAUCAUCUCUUGAGCCAGCUGUCAUAACGGAUGGGUGGCGCACGAAGAACGUCUAUCGGCAGCUUUUCUAUAUCAACCACCCUACUCUUGCCUUUCCUGUUCUUUCACAGCGAGUGGUUCCCUUUGUCACAGCGGAAAAUCAAGCCGCUGUGUUCUCUCGUGUAUGGUCGGGGAGGCUUCACCUUCCAGAGCAGGAACAUAUGAAAGCAUCUGAAAACUCUGAAGUUACACAGAAAGGGGAUGGAAAGGCCUUUCAUGUUAUGCCUUUCCCUAUGGACGUAGACUACUUGAAUCUUUUACACAAUUGGGCGACUAGUGCCAAAGCCCGCCCAGGGCUUGAGGAAAGCGGGAGAGGAAAAUUGGGAAAACACUGGGGAGAUCGCGAAAGAUGGAUGCGGGCACUGUUCCCGGAGAUUCGCCGAGCCUUUGUUCAAAUAGGAGAGCAGCGCAGUAAGAUAAAGACACUUGAAGCGCUUGGAUUUGACUUUGAAACUUGGAAAAGGGACCAGGAACAGAAUGAGGGACUUGCGAAAUCGUAG